CGUUCGAACUUGGAAGUUGAUGUCAUUAUCGCGUUACAUGGCUGGUUGUGAGGGACGGAAAGUACGUCGGCAAGUGGUAGUCAGACGUGACGGGAAUGUGAAACAGGUGUUACCGGCAGUGGCUGCUUAGAAGUAUAUUCUGCUCGAUUUAUGUUAAGUAAAUGUUUGAUGGCAUGAUGCCUGUUACACGGAAUAUGCAAUUAAUGGCAUAUCAUAAUCGUAUCGGUGUUCUUCGCAGUAAUAUCGCGGGGAAACUCUGUGAACGGUGUGAAAUAUUAACAAACAAAACAGAUGCGUGUUCAUAAAGUGCGUGAAAAGUGAUGCUGAAGGAACUGUGUGUUUUUGUAAGAGGUGUUUCAGACAUAAGCUGUGUGCUUGUUAUUCCAAUGAGGAGGUAAAUUUAUCGGUGUUCUCUGCAGGCCGACAUGUGUUGUAAUCUGCCUGUGAGUGUUUCUGAUUCUAAGAGGAUUCGGCUUGCGGAGUUAUCUCCAACUGGAAGAUAGACAGGCAGACCAGUGCUACAACAGUCCACAUGGAAUAAAUCCAGGCGCUUCGCCUUAUUAUGUGGAAACAGAAUAAGGUUUACCGUGUAACCCCAAGCAGAAAAAAGACAUCAGUAACAUUAUGCAGUCUGGGAGUGGGCGCCACGUUUGGGGAUUCUAUCUUGCACGACUUGCCGCGGGACAGCACAGUGGUCACGCGGUCGACAUGCGAGCUGCUCAGGGUAGAGCGGCAGGAUUUCAAGCUCAUAUGGGAGAAAAACAAGGAGUGCAUGGGAGAUAUUGUUGCCAACAACAAACUCAAGAAUGGUUUUGGACCAGCUGCCUUGGCCAAAUCUCCGUCUCCUACACCCCAGUCUCCGCCCCCAUCAUCAUCAAGGCGACCACUGAGCCCAGACAACCCCAGCCCCUGUGGGCCCAUUACAGAGUCUCCAAGCCCUCAGAUGUCGGGAAUUGGCUGGACACUACGGACGUUGCUGCUGGCACAUUGCUCACCAUCAAUACUCAGAGAUCACAAGCCUUCAAACCGUGUAUACCGGCGCAGUUCCACUGGUACUGAGCUUGUUGACUGGAUUAUGACUCUGAGUCCCAGCAUCCACUCCAGACACCAAGCUGCUGGAAUGUGGCAGGCAUUAUUGGAGGAAGGAGUAAUAGUUCAUGUUACAGGUGAACAUCCCUUCAGAGACAAGGCAUUACUGUACAGGUUCUGGCAGGAUGAAGAAGGUGCAACAGACUUCCCAACACAGGAUGAGGUAGUUCAGGCUGAGGAUCAGUUGAACGCAAGCCUCAAUGUGCUUGCUCAGAAGGGGCCAGAUGCCACCAUGAGGAUGAUACUACGCAAACCAUCAUAUGAGAGAACUGUAGAUGACCUAGAGAUGAUCUAUGAAGAGUUGCUGCACAUUAAGGCACUGUCCCAUCUGUCAAACUCUGUCAAACGUGAACUUGCUGCUGUUAUAGUCUUUGAGGCACACCCACAUGCUGGAACUGUGUUAUUUAAUCAAGGAGAUGAAGGUCGUUCAUGGUACAUCAUCCUGCAUGGCUCAGUGGAUGUUGUGAUACAUGGAAAGGGAACAGUAACCACAUUGCAAGAAGGCGAUGAUUUUGGGAAACUUGCUCUCAUCAAUGAUGCACCUAGGGCAGCAACCAUAGUGCUGAGGGAAAACAACUGUCACUUCUUACGUGUGGAUAAGGAAAAUUUUAACCGCAUCUUGAGGGAUGUUGAAGCCAAUACCGUCCGGCUCAAAGAACAUGGCCAAGAUGUUCUUGUGCUGGAGAAAAUAUCUCCUACUCACAACGUCACAUACUCUCACUUCAAGUACACUGUGAUGGCUGGAACACCACAGAAGAUGCUGGAACAUCUUCUGGAAACACGGUUAGAUGGCCGCGGUGGAGUUGGCGGUGUGGGUGGCCGAGACAGCAUCACCUCCUCAACUACUGAUCCCUUCCUCGAGGAUUUCCUGCUUACUCAUAUUGUGUUCAUGCCAACUCACCAACUAAUCACAGAGCUCUCCAGACACUACCGGAUUGAUUCUCCAAGCCAAGACCGUGAGUUCCUGUUAGCCUGUAAGAGACGUGUGGUACAGUUUGUGCAUCGUUGGGUUAUUACAAUCCGACAUCCUGUGUUUGAUGACCCCAGUUCACUUGCCUUUUUGGAGGAACUGGCAACAGAACUGGAGACAGACUGCAUACAGUGGAGUUCCCUGCAGGAGGAAGCCAGUCUUAUGCAUCAUGUCAUGUCCCAGCUUCGUCGAUAUCAGGAUGAACGUGCCCUUAAUGCUGGGCAGAAAUGGAAAUUACCUCCAUGUGGACAACCCAUCAGUUUGUUCAGCGGUUCCAAUGAGGGUCGAACAUUGAUAAGAGCUACAGAUGACAUAAUAUUCCGUGUGUACUGUGCAGACCACACAUACUGCACUCUCCGGUUUCAUGUUAACACCACAGCAGAAACCAUCAAACUGUCUGCAGCUGACAAGCUGAAGCUGCGGCAUGAUGACUUGGUGCUUGUGGAAGUGAAGUCUUCUGGUGAACGAGUUGUUUUUCGGGAUUCAGAUGUCAGUAUCCCAACAGGUCUCAGUCUUAAUGGUCGCAUCUUUGUCUCACCCAAAGAUCAUCUUGAUGCUCUCACAUGUCUAGCAGAACAAGAGGGACCAACAGAAGGCAUGGAUGUAGAUUUGGAACUGUUCAGUACAAAGGAGUUGGCAUAUCACAUAACACUGUUUGACUGGGAUCUCUUCUGGUGUGUUCAUGAGUAUGAGUUGAUAUAUCACACAUUUGGGCGCCAUCAUUUUAGACAGAUUACAGCAAAUUUGGAUGUGUUCUUACGUCGCUUCAAUGAAAUACAGUUCUGGGUGGUGACAGAGCUGUGUCUCACACCCAGUCUCAGCAAACGUGUGCAGAUUCUGAGGAAAUUCAUCAAAUUAGCUGCCUACUGUAAGGAGUAUCAGAACCUGAAUGCAUUCUUUGCCAUUGUAAUGGGGCUUAGUAAUGUGGCUGUGAGUCGGCUUUCACUUACAUGGGAGAAACUCCCUUCAAAGUUCCGUAAGCUGUACACAGAGUUUGAGAGUCUCAUUGACCCAAGCCGGAACCACCGAGCAUAUAGAAUUAGUGUUGGAAAACUCCAGCCACCUGUUGUUCCAUUCAUGCCUCUCUUGCUCAAAGAUAUGACAUUUACACACGAGGGAAAUAAAACGUGCAUAGAUGGACUAGUCAACUUUGAAAAGAUGCACAUGCUGGCCCAGACCAUGCGUACCAUUCGUUACUGUCGAAGCAGGCAUCUAGUGCUUGAGCCGCCAUCUCCAAAGAGUGAGGUGGAGGUGAGGUCUUACAUCAGCUGUCUGCGCACUAUUGACAAUCAGCGUGUGCUUACAAGUCUGUCACAGAAGCUGGAGCCACGAAGAUCAUAGUAAAACGGCCAUUAAAAUUAUCACCACAGAAAUCUAGUCAUUUAAUCAACCAGUCAGCAGUAGAAGUUGAAAUAAGAAAGGUGUAGGAACUAUUUGAAAAUGCAUACUGAUUGCAUUUUCAGUGUAUCUGAAAUCUGUCACAGUGCUAGGAAAUAAGGAGAAGAAAGAAACUUGCUGUAGUUUUUUAUCAGAAGUGAGAGUUUCUGAUGAACAGGAUGCUUAAACCAGAGAAUAACCUCUGUUAUCUAACUAUCUGAUAGUCUGUGAGUUCGGUCUGGCUGCUAGAAAAUAACCAUGCUUUUAAUAGAACUGUUGUUAGUUUCCAUUUUCAGUCUUUUGUGUUAUACAUGAAGUUCAGGCAGUUUGUUUCUUGAGCACUUUUAUUCUCUAACCAUGAAGUAUUUAAUACAUGAUGCAAUAUAUACUAUGGUUUUACUCUUUGUCAGUUUGAGUAAGCACUUGUUUUUAGUUGAUUUUAUGAAAAUUUUGGGGCGUUUCACAAUAUUUCUCAGUAUUUUGUGAUUGCUUUAAAGGAUAGGCAUCUGCAUACAUGGAAGUGUUCUGUGUAUUCAUCCCAACUCACGAAAAUAAUAUAACUUAUAGAACUCAAGUUACAUUUUUUAACAUUUCAUACACUAUACAAAACAAUUAUGAUCCCAAGUUCAAGUUCCCACAUUAAACAAUGAAUAUCCUUUUUUUUUAUUUCUUUUUAAUAUUUCUUGUGAGUAGGUGAAUAAGGAAGAGAGACACUCAUAGCAAUAUAACACCAGAUGAUGUUCAUGCUAUAAUAUUUCAGUCUAGAUUUUGUGAAGUAGAAGUCCUAGUUUACCAUAAGAGAUCUCACUUUAAAAUAUCAGUUUGCCCAUAAGCUUUGUUAAACUAUGUCAGAAACAUCUCUGGGGGUGCUACAUUAUCACACAGUGAUGCAGAUCAUUAUGUGUAGCAUUUGAGGUUCUCACAGUGGUUAUGAAGAAUUAUGAAGAGAUCUUCUCUGACAUGAUAUGUGUAGUCCAUUGAAAACCAACUGGUAUUUUGGAGGAAUAUUAGUUGACUUUCAAAAGACUAUCAUUAUGAAAAUUUAUUUAGUUAGUUAGAAUACACUGUGGUUUGUGCAGACAUAUACUUUCAGAAUAUUUCCAUUUCAUGAAGUGCAAAAGAUGAAGAAGGAAUAAUGUCAAGUGUGCUCUUUGAAGAAGCAUAUGGUCUAAAUGCUAUUGUGCCCUUAAGUCAGUAUCUGUGAAUGAUCUCUUUGGUUAUUGUUUUAGAGCAUACUUCCAUUCUUAAGGAAAAAUAGUAGGCUUAUGAAACUAUCAUUCUGUCUGUAUCUGUGGCUGUCCCCCAUCUCAGCCUUUAAUUUUUCAACUGUUGAUCAAUUUUCAUUUUGUAUGGACAUUAUGCAAUUUUAGGCUACCCAAAUACGUAUCAUACUUCCUAAUUUCCUACAAUCAUGACAAAGUUAAAUAGUUCUGUCCAGUGUAACUUUUUCAUAAUAUUAGUGUGACGGACCAGAAUGAAACAUCAAAUUCCUACAGUCAGUAAUAACAACAUGGCAGACAUGUGAACUUGUGAGGUGAGAGUUCCACUAGCGCCACUAAAUAUAGUAUCCUGUAAUGAUGUGUGAAAUGAUGUGUGAUAAUAUGGUUUUGAGAAACAAGUGGGGUCUUUAUAGUGUAUGAUCAGAAUUAAUGUUGAUAUUAACAUUUGAAAGGCUCCUUUAGAGUGAAAUUUUGAUUUGAUAUUUGGAGGCUUACACUUGGGCAAUUUUUUUUUUUUUGUUAACGCUGUGAGAGCCAUGUAGAGCAUUUACCUAGAUAUUUUUUUAAUUUUUAGUUCCUACCAUACAAUAAACACUGCAGCACUAUUAAAAACAGACUGGCUAAUGCCGCAUGAAGAAAAAAUUACCAAUUAUUCUGCGAACCGUAUAAAACCCAUGAGUACGCUCUGUGGAAAAAUGCAUAGUUUCUUUGUAUUAAAGCAGGUGCUACAUAAUAGCAACCACUGUUCUUCAAAGAUUUAAGUAAAAAGUUUUCAUAAAACAAAUAAAAUAAAAUGAUAUAAGAACAACAACAAGAGUAAUAAUUCAGUUCAAUUCUUUAUUUACUCAGUUCCUGAACUCAGCAGCUAGGGGCUCAUACACUGAGCACAAAUACAAAACAGUAGAAACACUAUAGAUUAAUUAUUUUUCAAACAGAAUCCUGAUACAGAUGUCUCAUUUUCUCAUCUGUGUUCUCAUUCACAUGAAUCUGAAAAUUAAUAGAGUGAUGAUAUUUAUUAGAUGUCUUUGCACAAAAGAAUUAUGCAGUAAGAUAUAUCAGACACAUACUGACAGAUGUUCAUUGAACUCUCAUGUUCUGCAGCUUAUCACAUAAAGAUAAAAUUAAUAUCCAUUCAUGUAAUUUGUGUUGUGUACUCUUUUCCCUGCAGUAAAGCAGCUAGGGUGUGAAUCUGACCACACACCUCCAUCUAGAGCUGAGGUCAAGAAUGAUAGAGUUAUACCUCCACUCCCCCAUACAUCUUCAUUGCGUGGGGCUUACUUAAUUAAACAUAGGAACAACUUUAUUUUACUUGCUUUACUUCCACACAUUCCAGACAUAUACAUAAAAUAUGGUAAUCAAAUUCACUCAAUCCUAGCUAUAGUAUACAAGGGCUAUUUGGAAAGUAAUCUCCAGUGAGCUGUUAACAAAAUAUGCAAUACAGACUUAUGCUCCUUCUCAAUGUAGUUACCACUUCAGUUGAGGCACUUGUCAUAUUUGGGAAAUAAGUUUCUCUAUACCUGUUAGAGAAAUCUACUGCUAGUGUAGUGCUCCUUCAUAACAAUAUGCAUCUGCAUACAGCUGCUCACAUUUGAGCACUGCUUGAACAUUUCAACUGGGAGUCAUUUGACACCCCCCCAUCACAUCACUGAUCUUCGUCCAAGCUACUACCACCUGUUUACCCAUCUGAAGAAGAUCAACAGUAAUGAGGAACUGACGGAAGGUGUCAAAACAUGGCUGAGCUCACAGGCAGCAAACUUCUUUGACAUAGGCAUACAAAAAUUUAUUCACCAAUAUGACAAGUGCUUCAGUUCCAGUGGUGACUAUGUUGAAAAGUAGCUUAAGCAUGUACGUAUUUUUUGUAUAUAAUAAACAGUUUUUUCUCUCAUCACUUGUUUCGUUAACAGCCCUCAAACACAUCAGUUGAUACACCAUAUCAUGCUACUUGUUUUAAGCUGCUUAUUACAGUGGUACAUGUAGUAGACAGAUCCAGUAGUAAAAUAUUAAAUAUCCUUGCUCAGUUCACAGUGCAGUGUGGGCAAAUUUUCUGGUAUCAUUAAAGAGUUAUAUCUUCUGAGAUAGAAUUCUUCAUAGUCACUGCUGUAAUAACCUUAAAUCGUCAAUUUCAUAUCGUCACAUGAUUGCGUGGGAUUAAAGAUGGGUUUGGAUUGGUAACUCAGUUUAUUGUGCACUUUGACAUAGAGGAUGACUACACUUUACAGCUCACUAUUACACACUAUUAUCCACAGUCAUGUCUUCACUGCUGUUGCUUGGUACACGUUUCAACAGCAGACUUUCCCAUUUCUCUCUCUUUUGUAUGCUUGUGCUUCCACCUGUUCAAUGUGUAAAUUUACUUUUUACGAAUGUUCAUAUUCAGACACUUUCUGUCACGAUAAAUGAUAUAACCUCCGUCUCAAGUGCAAACAAUAUAUUCUUGUGUCUUUGAUCUUGCU